UAUCUUUAAAGUAACACUGAGAAAUACAAGGUCACAAAAUCUUAGGAAAAAUGCAGGCUGUGAAGGAAAAGCUAAAAGAUUUAAAUGCUGCGCGUAAGGCCAAGGCUGAAGCAAGGGCCGAAGAAAAGGCUGAGAAAGAGAUCGCUGAUGCCAGAAAGAAUGUUGCUCACGAGGUUAGGUUGGCAAAAGAAGCUGAAGCAGAAAUGGAUAUACACGUGGAAAAAGCAGGAAAAAUAGCUGAGAAAGAAAUAUCAAAGCAUGCAUCUAAGAACCCUAAUGUUGGUUAUAGCAACAUGAAUACUACAGAUCAUGCUAUGUUGGAAGCAGCAAAUGGACCCGCCUCUACAAUUAACUGAAAACCAUGUUUAUAAAUGUUACAUUUUAUACAGCUUCAAAUAAUUAUAUAUGAAACAAAUAUGGGUGGUGUAUAGGAACUAAUUAGUGUGAUGUAUAGGAACUUUUUUAGUAAAUGUUACAUUUUGUAAUCUAGCUAAAAAAAGAGAAAUCUUGAAACUAAUUAGUGUGAUGUAUAGGAACUUUUUUAGUUCACCUUUUAUUCCUUUCCAUGUUAUGAUAUUUCUUUUCAUUUUAUGAUAUUUGGUAAGAUUGUUUUUCUUUUCAUUUGAUAUAUAUAUAAAACUCAUCAGUCUGUUGAAUUGUCUUUAAUAA